AAAGAAACAUGGGUUUAUAAAUCGUUUACACAAUGACCGGGGCCUUAUUUGUAACUUUGAAAAAGCAUGCACAACAUUGCCACUCUUUCUCUCAACUGCUCCGGUGCCCUAAACCCCAAUUCUACUCCAUUUCUUGCUGCUCAGUCAUUGCACAGGUUAAGUUCUUCACGUGUUUGUUAUAAACGGGCGAGUGCUUCUACAGAGGAGUACCUGGUUAUGGAAUCUGCAGAAAAAGUUGAUGCUAUAGGAAGUCGGCUACCAGCAGAGGCAUUGAGGAUACUACAGUCAUUGGCUUCUCAUUGGGAUGAUAUAAUUGAUGUAGAUGGUUUACAGGUGAUAAGACUCAAAGGUGCUAUGACGAAUGAAGUCUACCAAAUUAAGUGGCCAACCAACAGAGAACGCUCUCGAAAGGUUUUAGUGAGGAUAUAUGGUGAGGGAGUGGAUAUGUUUUUUGAUCGUGAAUUGGAGAUCAGGACAUUUGAGUUUAUGUCCAAACAAGGGCAAGGGCCUCGUCUACUAGGCCGAUUCUCAAAUGGGCGAAUUGAAGAAUUCAUUCGUGCACGGACACUGUCAGCUUGUGAUUUGAGGGAUCCUGAUAUAUCUGCACUUAUAGCAUCUAAGCUAAAGGAGUUCCAUGACCUUGACAUGCCUGGUCCAAACAAGGCAUUGAUCUGGGAUAGACUGCGAAAAUGGCUUAGUGCAGCUAAACAUAUGUGCUCUGCAGAAGAAACAAGGGCCCUCCGUUUGGAUGCAAUUGAGGGAGAGAUAGAAACUUUAUACAAGUGUCUUGCAGCGGAUCAACACAUAGCAUUUUGCCACAACGACUUACAGUAUGGGAACAUAAUGAUUGACGAAGACACACGAUCCAUAACCAUAAUUGACUAUGAGUAUGCGUGUUACAACCCUUUCAUGUUUGAUAUUGCAAAUCACUUUUGUGAGAUGGCUGCUGAUUAUCAUACAGAAACACCUCAUGUGCUGGAUUACAGUAAAUACCCCGAUAUUGAAGAGCGUAGGAGAUUUAUGCAUGUAUAUUUGAGUUCUUCAGGUAAUCAACCGGUCAACUCAGAAGUUGACAAGAUGCUUGAAGAAGUUGAGAAGUAUACUCUUGCAAGUCAUCUACUGUGGGGCUUAUGGGGAGUAAUAUCGGAACAUGUUAAUGAAAUUGAUUUUGACUACAUGGAGUAUGCAAAGCAGAGGUUUCAAGAGUACUGGUUACAGAAACCUAAACUAUUGGGUUGCUGUAAUGUAACUGGUAACUGAAGGGCUCUCAGGUUUUGUCUAUCUUAGUGUUGGAGAAAAGAUGUUAUAGAAAUUCUUGACAGUUAAAUUUGUUAAGCAUGGUAAUGAUAUUCAUCAAGGAUGGUCAACUACAUGAAAGAAUAAAACUUGGUGCUUUUUAGCUUGUUGCAGCAAGUAAUGAUAUCUUGUUGUUAGUUUGAAGAA